CCCACCUUCCUCGUUCCGCCACAACACACCGAGGACAUUCAAAGAGCUGGAAUGGAAAUUCUAGUCUCAGUAGCUGAAUCAAUAAUGGGAGAAUAUGUGAUUAAACCCAUUGGACGUCAACUAAGCUAUCUCCUCUGCUACAACAGAAACAAAAAUAAGCUCAAAGAGCAGCUCCAAGCUCUCAAGACAGCGCGCAGGGACGUCCAAGGACGAGUCCAAGAGGCAAGAAGCAACGCAUAUGCAAUCCGCGAGGAAGUUUCAAAGUGGUUGGCUGAUGCAGACAACGCCAUCCAUGAUGAGCUAUCAUCAAAUUCUUCAACCCCAUCAGCCUUUAACUUGAUCGAUAGAUACCAAUUAGGCAGAAAAACAAAGAAGAAAAUUGAAGCUCUUCAUGAACUCAUAGCCAAAAGAAUCAACUUUGUGGAAGUGGGCUACCCUGCACCGCUUUUAGAGACUAAGAACAUCAUUGUUCCUGGUGGGUAUCAAGUUCUGGAAUCCAAGAUUUCAAUGGCUAAACAAAUCAAGAAAGCACUUCAAAAGGCAGAGGUUAGCAGGGUUGGUGUUUAUGGCAUGGGAGGCGUUGGAAAAACUUACUUGCUUAAUGAAGUUAAGAAGAUGGUUUUGGAAGAAAAAGUGUUUGAUCGAGUGAUUGAAGUGUUUGUAGGCCAAUCCAAUGGAGUUAUACAGAUUCAAGAACAAAUUGGAGAUGUUUUGAAUGUAAAAUUACCAAAGAGUAAGGAGGGAAGAGCUUCUUUUCUAAGGAAUAAAUUGGCUAAAAUGGAAGAGGAUGUUCUUAUUAUAUUGGAUGAUUUAUGGAAGGAAUAUGAUCUUGUAAAAGAGAUUGGAAUUCCUUGUUCUUCAUGUAAAGUGCUUAUGACGAGUCGAUCACAGGAUAUAUUGAUGAACAAUAUGAACACAACAGUGUGUUUUCAGGUGAAUUCUUUAAGCGAAGAGGAGUCAUGGAAGUUCUUCACAGCUAUCAUUGGUGAUGAGUUUGAUACCCCUGAUAUGGAGAAUUNUGAAGCUUGA